AUGAGGAAACCACAAGAAAUGUGGUCGCAGAACUGCAGAUAUUACAGAUCAACCAGUUCUCUUGGUAAAAGUAAUGAAGUGAUCUGCAGGCCUCAGGCUGUCUGUGCUCUGCGGGAAUCUGAAGUAGACCUGGAGUGCUCGUAUUCAAACACCAUCAAACCUCAGCAAAGCUUCUGGUUCAGCUCCAAACUAAAAGCUAAAUGGAGGAAUGAAGAAGAUCCAGAGGAUUUAGCUUUAGAUUCAGACUACGCAGGACGAGUGAUCUAUAACACCAGUAUCUACCUAUUCACCUCCUUUUCAACUCUUACGAUCAGAGAUCUGAGAAAGAGAGACUCGGGGGAAUAUCAGCUCAUGAUCAUUACAGAAUCAGGAGAGAAAUAUUCCAGCUCUACAGCGAUCACUCUAACGGUUUCAGAUCUGCAGAUAAAGAUGAUCUCUGAUACCGACAGGAAAUGGACACUGAACUGUAGCGCCUCCUGCAGUUUGACCUCUGAACCUCUUUAUUACUUCUGGUACCACAAUGGACAAUAUUCACACUCAGCAAAUAUAGAUGAGAGAACCUGGAGUUUAUAUCAAACUGUUAAUCCUGACAGCUACUCCUGCUCUUCUAGCCAGAAUCCUGAAGCUCGUUCCAGCUCAGUGUGUGUUUCUGGUGAGACCUGUUGGAGUGUGAUCUACUCAGAGAGAAGAGUGUGUGUUCUGGAGGAUUCCUCAGUGGACUUUCCCUGCUCUUACUCAUAUCCCAGUGGACAGAGAGUUACUGAAUCAUACUGGUUUUACGUUCAGCCUGGAGUGGAUCCAAAUGAUCUGAGUAAGGAGAAUCAGUUUGCAGGUCGAGUGGAGUUUCUGGGGGAUAAAGAGAGAAACUGCACUCUGAGAAUCAGAAAUGUGACGAAGAGUGACUCUGGAGAAUAUCGAUUCAGAUUCAGUACUAACCCUGGAGAAAUUAAAUUUGCAGGUAGACCUGGAGUUAUCCUGAGUGUUACAGAUCUUCAGGUGAAAAUGAGUCCCAGCUCUCCAUCAGAAGGACAGACAGUAACACUGACCUGUAGCUCCACCUGCACUCUGCCCAACAACUCCACCUACAUCUGGUACAAGAACGGACAGCCUGUAACCAACAAACCCACCAGAUACAACAAGCUCUACCUGGAGUCAACAAGCCCUGAGGAUGUUCUCCAGUAUUCCUGUGCUCUAGGAGGUCCAGAGGAGAGCAGAAUAUUAAUACCGAUUGCAGUGGGAGUUUCCGUCUUUCUGGUCCUAAUACUCAUCACAGGAUGGAUAUGGUUAAGGAGGAGGAGGUCCAGCCCAGGACAAGACAAUUGUAGUCCUAGAGAGACUGGACAGAGUGGCCAGAGUAAAGACCUAAAAUCACCCGAGUUGAUGAUGUCCAAAAGACUUGGAAUGUCGGAUUGUCUCCCAAUUGGGUCCAAAGCUUGUGGAAUCCAUGCCUUGGGUGACUCUGGCCCUGUCUACAGUAACGUCUCAGCCCUGACCAUGACCUCUGACCCCACACAGAAAGAAACUUCAGAUAGUCAGGAUGGUGUUCACUAUUCCAGCAUUCACUUCAAACACUCUCGCACACUGGAUGAGUUUCCGCCCACCACCUCCACAUUUCCUCUAAAUCCCACUAAGGACCAGGAAGUUCAGUACUCUGCUGUCAAAUUCUGCAAAGACAGUGCUGCUCCCUAGUGAACAAAUGCUCUCAUUACAUCGACUUUGCAUUCAUACCUAUUACAGAAAAAAAACUUUUUUAUUUACUUUCCUUAUGUGUUAUUAAUGCUAGAUUUGAGAUGCAGCAUUAUAUACAGAGUCAUUACAGUGGGGAGGUAAAGUUGGCAUUGAAGAGGGGAUCAGAUGUGAAUUUUAGGUAUCUAUUGUACUCACACUAGGCACAGUUCGAUUUAAUUGGCCUGAAGCACGUGGAGCUGCCGCCUGCCUACUCCCCUGCCAUCCUGCACUCACACUGUGUUAAAAUAAUCCGUGCCCAAGCACACUUACAAUUACUCACUGCUCAGUGGGCUUGUGCUGAUGUUUGUGUUUCGAAUUAAACACCCCCACCAUACAAAGCACCCUCUCUCGGGAGCAGGUCUUCUUGAUAAAAGCGGAGAUAAUCCACUUUAACUUACAUGAAAAUACAUGCCAAAAGUCACAGUUAUCUCAGUCAUGGUUACAUAGCAACAUAGUGUGCGCUCCCGAGAGGAGGUGCUUUUCCUGGCGGCGAUUGCUGAAUUUGGCACAACACCACCAUGUUUGUUUAAAGGUACUUCACAUCGCCGUCGUCACCUUGUUAGAUGCUCGGGCACAGAUCGGUAUAUGUUUUAGUAAAAUGAACAUCGUUGUUUCAUUCUAUAAACUACGGACAACGUUUCUCCCAAAUUCCAAAUAAAAAUGAAAAAAUAAUAAUUUCA